UCAUUCAACGCCCCUUUUGAAGCGAGAAAGGUUUGUUGCUCAGUGUUUACGACAGUAAAGAGCGCUUUUGCGGCAGCAAAUUUAAGACGAGAGUGAACGAGCGAACUACAGAGUUUGUUAAAGAGGAGAUUGAAGACAUGAGUGAUCCAGAACCAUCCAGAAUAAAACAAGAAGAUACUGAGGAACAAACAGACCAGAAAGAAGUGAAAGAGCAAAGACAAGAGCUGACUGAAGGGGAGGAGGAACACAGUGACUUCAAAACUCAAAGAUUAAAAACAAUCAAUGAUUGUUCAUUGAUGGAAAAUUGUAAAUGGCACCAGAAAACACAUAAUGAAGUGAGAGAUCAUUUUUGUCAUGAAUGUGGGAAGAGCUUUACUACAGCUGGCAAUCUGAAACAGCACCAAAGAAUUCACACUGGAGAAAGACCUUACAAGUGCUCGUAUUGUGACAGGAGUUUCACUGUGUCUGGAAACCUGAAAGAACACGAGCGAGUUCAUACUGGAGAGAAGCCGUAUCACUGUACUCAGUGUGGAAAGAGUUUCAAAUGUAAAACUGGUCUCAACCGUCACCUGCUCGUUCACUCUGGAGAAAAGCCAUUUACCUGUGAUCAGUGUGGUACACAUUUUAAAUCAUCAUCAAAUCUAGAAAAGCACAUGAAAAUUCAUACAAAUGAGAGGCCUUAUGCAUGCUCGUUUUGUAGCGAGAGUUUUGUUCGACUGGAUCAUUGCAACGGCACCAGAAAACACAUAAUGAAGUGAGAGAUCAUUUUGUCA